CCCCCCCCCGUCGGUCGCGGGUGGUGCGGCCCAGCGCCGUCGGAAGGGCAGAGGGAGCUCCCUCCCUUUCUCCCAGGACCUGGUGAUGCCGUGGUACCGAGUCCAAAAGCAGGCGACUCGACCCCUCGGAGCCUUUGUGGCAGGUGUUGUCAGAGCUGUGCCACAGCCUCUGCUCCGCCCCAGUGUGCUGGGUCCCUGCCAUCAACUUCCCACCCGGUGGUGGCUCAGGCAAAGCCAGAGAGGAGCUACAGAUCUGGAGAGGAGUGCCUCGCAGGGCACAGUCACAUUCAUGAUUACAGGAAUGUGCUUGGAGUGAUUGAUUUCCAUCAUGUUCUCACAGUGCUCACGGGAUAUAUCAAAGAUUGCAAAUCUGCAUCUCCGAAGUCUGAAUUUGAAUCAGCCUUUACAAAGCCACAGGAGAGCUUUCAGCAAGUCACUGCCCGCAUGUCGAAGGAAAGUAGUUGUUACAGGUAUUGGAUUAGUGUCCCCUCUUGGUGUGGGGACUCAGUUUGUGUGGAAACGCCUUCUCCAAGGAGACAGUGGGAUUGUAUCACUAGAUGGGGAAGAAUAUGCAGGCGUCCCAUGUAAAGUGGCUGCCUGUGUGCCCAGGGGAAACAAGGAGGGUCAGUUCAGUGAAGAAAGCUUUGUGUCAAAGUCAGAGAUCAAAUCCAUGAGUUCUGCCACUGUCAUGGCCAUCGGUGCAGCAGAGCUAGCAAUGAAGGACUCUGGCUGGUCUCCCCAGUCUGAACAGGAUCACUUAAGUGCCGGUGUGGCAAUAGGGAUGGGAAUGGUUCCGCUGGAAGAGAUUUCUGAUACAGCUGCUUUAUUUAAAACAAAGGGUUAUAACAAGGUCAGCCCGUUCUUUGUCCCAAAGAUUUUAGUCAAUAUGGCAGCAGGCCAGAUCAGCAUUAAAUACCAACUGAAAGGGCCGAAUCAUGCUGUGUCAACUGCGUGUACCACAGGUGCACAUGCUGUUGGAGACUCCUUUAGGUUUAUUGCUGCUGGUGAUGCUGAUGUCAUGUUGGCUGGAGGGACUGAAGCUUGUAUUAGUCCUUUGUCCCUGGCUGGAUUUGCAAGAGCUCGGGCCCUCAGCACCAGUUUUAACUCAAGCCCUAAGAUGGCCUGUCGGCCAUUUGAUUCGCAGAGGGAAGGGUUUGUUAUGGGAGAGGGUGCUGCCGUGCUCGUCUUGGAAGAGUAUGGACAUGCUGUGCAAAGAGGUGCUAGAAUCUAUGCAGAAGUUUUAGGUUAUGGACUGUCUGGUGAUGCUUGCCACAUAACAGCACCUAAUCCAGAGGGAGAUGGUGCAUUCAGGUGUAUGUCUGCAGCAAUAAAAGAUUCUGGUAUCAAACCUGAAGAUGUAACAUAUGUCAAUGCACAUGCUACUUCUACACCUCUGGGAGACGCUGCUGAGAACCAAGCAAUCAAGAGACUUUUUAAAGAUCAUUCACGUAAUAUUGCUGUUUCCUCAACAAAAGGAGCAACAGGACAUCUCUUGGGAGCUGCAGGAGCUAUUGAAGCAGCUUUUACUGCUCUGUCCUGUUACUAUGGAAUGUUGCCACCUACUCUAAACUUAGAGAAAACAGAGGCAGAGUUUGAUCUCAAUUAUGUUCCUUUAAAAGCUCAGGAGUGGAAAACCACAAAACGGCGUAUAGCACUGACAAAUUCAUUUGGCUUUGGUGGUACUAAUGCAACUUUGUGCUUUGCAAGUGUUUAACUUGUGCUGCCCACGUUGUGAACAAUGGCACUUCCAAUGAUUUUUUGUGCUGCCACCCCUAAUGUGUAAUUUGAUCUUUUCUCAGUUUUGAGAAUUGCUCAUUUUCAUCCUUACGAACUUUAUUCGCCAUAACAUUUACAUCAGCAACUAUUUUAGAAAGAGGGAAUUUCUUUUACUCAUUUUAAUAGAAAUAAAUAAAAGACCUCUUCUAUGUGUGGCAAAGAAAUUCUUAUUCUUGACUAGAGGAGGAGAUAUUGAUCCUUCUGUUUUUUAACUUCAUUAGAAUACAUUUUUCACAUACGUGUGGCACAGAAAUUGCUUGGAAAAAGUUAUGCAAAAGCAUGACUGGCUGUCAAGAUAGAACUCUCCAGUCAUGACUUGGUGACCAACUGUGUGGUGAUACAAGGUUUAUGACUGAACUCCACUUUGUUACCUCUUCAAUUUAUAAUUAUGCCUUUUUCCUCAUCAAAUAUCAUAGACCUACACACAUUCUUCCACAUGAAUGAUAUUCAGGAGACAAUAAUACAGGAUUUCAUAAGAUUUCUGCGAGUAGUUUGUUUUCUUUUCAGCUUUAUUAAUUUCCAUAUUUUAUGAUACCUCAUUAGCCAUGGUGUGGAGCAAUAAUAGUGAAGCAUUCAUACAGCAUGGUCUAUACAUCUUCAAUGUUGCACAGGGAAAAAGUUAGUAGGUGGUAACCUCUUUUGUUCUGAAAUUUUAGACAAGAAUAGUGAGGUAUAUUAAUUGAGGGUAGAAUACAGGAUUUUAAAAACUGUUUCACAAAAGGGAAAAAAGACUCUUGAAACCACUUGUUAGCCUUCCAAAAUGGAAAAACAGGACUAACCAGUGCUGGAAAAAUAAGGAAUCUUUUAGGAAAAAAAUAAAAAUCUGCGACUUGUGUAGAGGAUGAGAAGGGAGAAGAACAGGAAAAUAAAGUUAUACCUAGGGCUGGUGUUGCAGGCUGUCUCCUGCAUCUGGCACCAAGUAGUGCCUCAAUCGACUGCAGCUGUAAGUGAAGUCAAAUGUCCCAAUUAGUUAUUUAAAAGAGUUUUUACCAGUUUUCUUUUUGAAAAUAGUGGUUUUAGCCUUUGACCCACAUAAGUGGAUGCAAAGUAGCUCAAUUGAUUAAAAGUACAGGAUGUAUAGUGUAGCUAUACUAUAAGUAAGUUCCAUUCUGGAAAGAGAUUACUAAUGGGCUAUCAUGAGGCUUAGCAGUACCCUAAAGCCUCAUUAUUUAAACAAAUGGUCUGAAUGGUGAUAUGGAACUGCAUAACUUUUGCAUUUCCUGUCUUUACUGAAUAGAAAGCUAAAGAGAAUAAUGAGAAAAAUAUAGUAGAAGAAUGAUUAGCACUCUUUCAGAAGCUGAGCUCAUACUGAGCAUUGCAGUCCAAAAGAGAUUAAUGAAUAAUAAGCCUGAAAGUAAAAUAAUGUGUUGCCAAAGGGAGACUCUGAGCAUACAGACUAGAGGGAGUAUAAGAAUCUGCUGUCAGGAAAGAUACCUACAAGCCUCUUAGCUUGUGAUAGUUAAUAGCAGUGCAAUGAAUGAUGAUGUGGAUUGGAUACAAUAUAAAAGACAGACUAUAAAAUCCAACAUUACUCUGAAAAUUCAUGCUAAAAUGAAUUAAUAUAAAUAAUUAAUCCUUUCGGAGAGGGCUACCAGCAGGGUUGUGAAUUUGCAGGCAAUCAGUGAGUUUCUUUUGGAGAUAAUACUUUUUUGGGUUGUUGUAAUCUAGGGUGGAAUAUGGAAAGACUGGAUUAGUUCUGCAUUCUUGUGGACCUGAAGUACAGUCUGACUAAACUCACACAAUCUUGUUACAUAGCUGCAGACCUGUAAUUAAUACUGUGACAGAGAGAUAAUGCUUCCCUUUCUCUCUGAUAGCAGAGUUCAUUGCCCCAGAAGUGUUGGCUCCAGACUAUUGGGUAUCAACCAUGAAAAGACAGAUUAUACUGUCGCACAGAAAAAUAAAACAGAAACUGAAAUGAUUAAAAGAUUGUUCUCACUUCAGCUCACUGAAAUGUAAUAAUCUGCUGCAGGUAACCUUUAAACCAUGAAAGCUUUCUGACAACAGCUGUUGUAGGUGUUUUGAUUAUGGAUAAUUUUAAGAGGCCUAGAUGAAGUAGUAAAUAGUGUGCCCUGUAGGGAAUUAAUAUAUUUUUUUAAUAAAUAGAGUCAAAGUUUAAACCCUGUUUAUUUGGAUUUUGUUUGUAUAAGUUUUGUUUUUAUUUACUUGUUUGAAAUAAUUAUUUUUUGUCACGUACCCCACUGAUCUGAUCAGGGACUACUUAUUGCUAAUUCCUGCUUUAUUAUGGUAGCUGCAGACAUAAAAGGAAAACAGAUUUCUCUCUGCUGCUAGACUAUUAAGUGGGCGAAUUGACCAACAUAUUAAACCAGAAUGUUCUCCCUUCAUCUUAACAAUUGAGAGAUGCAAUAGUCCAGAGUUUCAAUUAAAAAACCUUAAUAUUUAUGAAGUUGGAGUUACAAGCUUAUAUAAUGUAAGCUUGGAGUUACUUGAUUAGAAAAACCUGGAAAUGCUGGUGGAGUGUUUAUUUCGAAGCCUACAUCUGAAGUGUUGAAACUCACCUCUGUGAGCCAAGUGGUCUGUGCAGGAUCACAGAGUGGCUGAGGCUGGAAGCAGCUCUGGAGGUCGCCUUGUCCAGACCCUCUUCUAAAAGCAGGACCAGUUACAGCAGGUUUCUCAGUGCCAUGUCCAGCUGGGUUUUGGGGAUCUCCAGGGAUGUAGACCCCACAACCUCUCUGGGCAACCUGUUCCAGUGCUUGGUCACCCUCACUGUAAGAAAUUUCCCUCAUUUUACUGGAAUUUUCUGUAUUUAAGUAUGUACUCAUUGCCUUUUAGCCUUUCACUUCACUGCUGAGAAGAGUUCCUCUUCUUCAUUCCGUCCAUGAGGUGAACAUACAUAUUGAUAACACUCCUGGAGUCUUUCCCAGGCUGAACAGUUCCAGCUGUCUUGUCUUCUCCCCAUAUCAGAUGCUCCAGUUCCUCCAUCACUGUGGCCCUUCACUGGGCUUGCUCCAGUAUGUCCAUGUUUCUGGUAUUUUGAGGAUCCCAGGACCAAACCCAGCACAGCAGAUGUGUUUCACUAGUGCCGAGUGGAAGUGAAGGAUCACCUCCAACAUUCUGCUGCUGCUGCUUUCCCUAAUGCAACCCAUGAUGCUUUUGGCUUUCUUUGCUGCAAAGGCAGCUGGUCCAUCAGGACCUCCAGGUCAAGCUGCUUUCCAGCUGGUUAUCCUCGAAUGGAGAUGGUGGGGAGUAGUGCAUGGGAUUAUCCCUCUCUGGGUGCAGGACUUUGACUACAUGAAGUACCUGUUGGCCCAUUUCUCCACCCUGUCCCGGUCCCCAUGUAGGGCAGAACCCAUACACACUAUAUCAACUGCUUCUUCCAGUUUUGUGUCAGCCAACAUGCUGAGGCCUCCAUCCCAUUGUGUAGGUGAUUAAUGAAGAUGUUAAACAGUUCUGGCCCCCAGAUAGCUCAGUGAGGUACUUCACUAAUAUAUGGCCUCCAGCUGGGCUUCAUGCCACUGAUCACAAUCCUUCAAAUCUGACAGCUCUGCCAGUUUUGAGUCUCCUUCAUUGUCUACUUACCCAGUCAUUAAUCAGUUUUUCAGGAAGGAUGUCAUGGGAAACUGUUGAAAUGAGCACUGAGACUAAGAAUGCAAGUGUCAUUUGAGAAAUGUCUCAGUUCCAGUUACUUAGUCAUUGGUGAGGUGAAUGCCAAGUAAAAGGAGAUUAUUUAAAAUACAACUUUGUUUUGAAUCAAAGAUUUUUAUUUAAACUAUUCUUUUUAGGAAUAAAUGCAUUUGAAGUGAAAA